AAUGGAUUCUAUUGACUACCAAGAAGCUAAAUUCAAAUUUGAAGGUGUACGUAAGCACUUUUUUAAGGAUGUCACUUAUCAUAUAGCAGUAUUUGAAGAUAUGGUCACGAUGGGAACAGUAGAAAUUUAAUAAAAUGUUAUAGACUUCAGAUUGUCAAAACCCCAAAUACAAAAUAAAGUUGAAUCUUGAAACAAAAAUAAAUUGGGAGUUGCGAAAGAAUAAAAAAGAACUUGAUUACUUUGAGUUUGAUCAUUAAAACAAAAGGAAGGCUGUUCAUGCCCAACCAGAUGAUCUAUCUAAGUAAGUUAAUUCUAUAAAUCAGAUUCAAAGAACUAUUAUAAGGAAGAGUAACUUUUGAAGGCAUUGGAGAUUUAUACUAGCCUCUAUUUCAGAUAGGAAAAGGAAGCUCUGCCAAGGUAUGCUUUAUUUGUGUAUUUUUAGGUAUAUAGUGCAAGGAGUGCAUUAGAUUAAAGAGUAUAUGCUGUAAAAGCCAUAGAAAAAUCAUUUCUCAAGAUCUCCGAGAAUGGAAAUGGACUAGUAAAUAAAUUCAACAUAAUUAGCGUGCAUUUUAAUCCGAAGUUCAAAUUCUCAGAGCAUUAUAAUAAUACGACAAUAAUUUUCUCGUCUUGAAAGAAAUAUAUGAGGGGGACAACACAUUAUAUGUAGUUACAUCAUAUUUAGAGGGAAUGAGUCUUAGUGAAGAAUUAGAAAAAGCAAAGGUAAAAUUAAAUGUCAAACAUAGACCUUGCCUAAUAGGAGACUACCAAUAAAUAAUAUAAGGACAAUUAUGAUGAAGCUGUUAAGUAAUUUAAAAAUUUUACAUUCUCAUCGAGUAUUUAAUUAAUAUAGCGUUUUAGAUUAUUCAUAGAGAUUUAAAGCCAGAUAACUUAAUGUUUUCUAGAAAGAAUGAUUACACAUCGUUAGUCCUUGUAGAUUUUGGACUUGCCACUUCAGAACUUCUUGAUAAGUAUCAAUUAUCAAUAAAAAUUAGAUAUUUAUUUCCAAAAUGUGGAACUCCAGGAUAUGUAGCUCCUGAGAUAUUAAGUACUAGAUCAGAUCAAAGAUAUAAUUGUAAAGUGGAUAUAUUUUCUGCUGGAUGCAUUUUCUAUAAAUUACUAACUGGACAUAGUUUAUUCAUGGGAUCAAACUUUGAUGAAGUCUUGAACUCCAACAAAACUUGCUAUAUUGAUUUAGAUUUACCAAUAGAUGGCAAAUAUAUAACAGAAUAAUCAUUGGUAAUAAUAUUUGCUAUUAUAGGAUAUUCUGAAAAAGAUGCUAAAUAAAAAUCCAAAACUCAGAGUGAGUGCUGUUUAAGCAUUAUCCCAUUAAUUUUUUGAUUCAAAUAGUGACUUUAGCACUUAAGCUAGUUAAUCUGGUGGGUUACAUAUAACAAAAAAUGCCAUAUAUUAAUUAAAUUUAGCAGAAUCUGAAUCUAAAUACAAUAGUGAAAAUGAGAUUAACGAUGAAUAAUAAUAGAAUUCAAAAAUUAAUGAUAUAAAAAGAUACUCAAUAAUGAAUGAAAUACCUCUUUCAGCAAAAAGGGGGAGCGGAUAACUUUCGAGCACUUUUUAUCAAAAGGAUCCUUUGUCAGCCAUUAAAUCAAUAAAGAUACCAGUUGAAGCAUCUCAACCACUUAAAUUAAGUUGUUAUUUAUCACCUGCUUGA